AUGCGCCUUACAACAACAUUAAUAUCGCUACUUUUGGGGUCGGUUGCAGAGGCCGGUCCUCUUCAGUGGAGGAGGGGAUCGAAUGGGAAUGGGCAUCAGGGGAGGAGGACGGUGGAGGAGGAGGAGGGGGUGGGGAGGAUGAAGUGGGCGAGGCAGUUUAAUACUACCGUUGGGGGGCCGGUGAUCACGACGCGUACGAACAUCGAGACCACGGUUGUGACGACGAUUGUGCCGGAGACGACGGUGACGGAGAUUGAGGAGGCUGUACCUACUACAACGACGAGGAGUUUGGUUAGCCAGGUCACGCUGCCGUUGGUUGGGGCGCCGGAGACGAGCGCCGGGGCGGGGUUGGAGACUUCUACUGCUGAGGCGACGGUGACGGGCUUACCUGGGGCUACAGUCAGCUCGAUUGCGAGUUCGGGGGUGGAGAGUUCUGUGGGUGAGACGUCGGUGGGGGAGGUUACUGCUACCGAGACUCUUGCGACUGAGACCUCUACUGUUGAAACUUCGACUGUCGAGACUUCAACAGCGGAGACAUCGGAGACCGCGACUGCUUCCCUCGAGACCUCUCUAGUCGAAACAUCCACGCCCGCCACGAGCCUCGCCAGUGAGACGGAGACCUCCGUUGAGACAUCAAAGCCGUUGCCAACUUCAAGCACGCCGCUGAUUAUUUCCUCCUUUCUUACUCUAUCGGCCACCGCGACUGGGACUGCUAGUACCGAUCUCACCAGCACCGCUACUACCGAACCCGCCGACCUCACAAGCAGCCCGACAGAGACUGGUGCUACUAGCACUCUCCCUACCGAAACCGCAUCAACACCGGCCACCUCAGCCGCCAACGUCACCGUCACCGGCGAGCCCAACACCGCCAUUCCCACCGCCAUCACCAACCUCCCAACCGCGACCGCAAGCAUCCCCACCAAUGAGUUCAGAAACAACAUUGCCCUGGCCCAGGAGUACAACACCAUCUUCUCAGAAACCACCAUGUCCACCGCCUGCAACGUAGGCCAGGCCGCCUGCGUCAACCACAACGUUGUGAAGUGCUCCGAGAAUGGAAACAACUUUGAGCUUCAGCGCGAGUGCCCCUCCGGCACAGCCUGCUUCGCCAUGCCCUUGAACAAUACGGUCAACGGCGUCAUCAUCGGGUGCGUCGAUCCUGAUCUGGCGCAGGAGACCUUGGGAAUUGUGCCAGCGGAUAUGAUCCCCAAUCUCCCAAGCGAUGCCCCUUCCACUCCUCCCGCAACGACUGCACCUGCCUCGAGCACACCAGCGGAUACAUUCACCGCAACAGCAACCAUCACAGUCUCUUCCGGCGUCGGAACAGUCACCGAAACAGACGUCGAUACUACCCCCACAGAGUCACCAGCACAAUCCAUCACCAGCACAGCAACCAUCACGAUCUCGACCGGCAUCGAGACAGUCACCCAAACAGGGGAAGCUCCCAUCCAAACCGAGACAACCCCCCUCACAACCGCCAUCACCAAAACUGCCACCAUCGACCUGACCUCAGAAACAAUAACCAUGACCAUCACCCUCAGCCCAACCCCCCGCUUCCCCCAACUCGACGAGACCAUUAUCCCCCUCCCCACAACAACCGACCUCCCAAGCGUCGAACCCUUCCUCCCCGCGCCUGUCGAGAGCGAACCCCUCCAAACAUCAGCCACCCCUCCCCCGAUCAUCUUUCCCACUCCUGAGCCGGUUCCAACCACAACAACGACGAGGACAAGAUUGUCGGUUAUUCCUAUCGAGGACACCACCACCAUCACCACCACCGCCACUCCCACUCCUAUUCCAGAGCAAACAACAACAAUCCCAGACGUGGCAAACGGAGGGCAGGAGAAAGAGGCAACGGUCACGGUGACGGAGAGGGAGACAGUGACGGAGCAGGUGCGGGAGACGGUGACGGUUACUGUUGGUGCUUAA